AUUAAGAUCGAAAGAGCUCGUGAUUGAAAAUAAUAUAAAAAAUCCAAAUUCUAAUAUGAAAGGUGUAAGGAGACCCUAAAUCGCGUUACAGAUGCAGCGUUGUACGCAUAAAACAAAGUUGCCAUCUGUUGUUUUAAUGUAGGAAAAAUGACAAUGCGCUUAACGCUGCGUUUAAUGCACGCGUUUGCCGCAAGAAACAAUGACGUGUUUGUGGGACGCAGAUGCGGCAAACGCAUUUCCGCACAAAACAAACUAGUAUAAAUAUUUAACAAUAUAAAAUGAGUCAUAUUACUAAAUAGUUAUCAUACUUAUUAGUUAUACGAUUAGGUACAUAAACCCACUUAAUAAAAUAUACAAAAAAGCAAUUCGUUGGAAAAUGAUUACUCUGAAAAUUGUAUCUCCUUUAUAGAUGCCGAAUUCAGCUGGAGAUUGACAUUGCGCCGAAGAAUAUGAAGCGGUCAUGCACACUAGUAUCUCUUUUAAUAUUCACGGAAAUUGCAUCAACGUAUUAUGCUGGAGUAGAAACGUCAGACAUGAGUGUUCACAAUUAUGUUGAAGAGAGAAGGGGGAAUGUUAAUUUAAGACAUAAAAAAGGAAAUGACCACGGGAAUCAGACUGGUCCCUGGAUGGCGUGGAGCGCGUGGAGUGGGUGCCGGGACGGGCGGCGCUCGCGGCGGCGGCACUGCCUGCGGCGGAGGCGCUGUGGAGAUGUGCUGCAGGUCCAAGUGGCAAGAUGCGAGUUCCCGGGAAGCCUCGUGCCACCUGCGUCGCUGCAUAUACAAUCAAUCCAAAGUCGCCAGUUAGAUAUGAACGAGGACGUGCAGAAAAGAUUCCGAGGUUUCUCGGCUUGGACUCCAUGGAGUUCCUGCUCCCGGCGGUGUACUACCGUCAGGAAAAGGUACUGCCGCCGGCCAGCCUUUUGUGGGCGGAAAGUGAUCCGCCAGAGCGCCCUCUGCUACCUCGAGGGCAGCUUCUGCCACCGCUGGAUCCGCGGCCGCAUGCGCCGCAAGGACCCAGGUGAACUUGCACAUAGGUUCCAGAAAAAAACCGCACCCAACAAGCAUUCGCACGUAGUAGAAACAAUGCCGCCACCAGCGCUAGCGAUCCAUCCUGAAGACACGCGGGUUACACCCAACGUGAAGCUCGAAUGUGGUAGAAUAGGGCAACACGCCAAUGCGCGAUCGCGGUUGCGCGGCAUGCUGCGCAUCAUCGGCGGUAGGCCGGCGCCGCCUGGCAAGUGGCCGUGGCAGGUCGCUGUACUUAACCGGUAUAAGGAAGCAUUCUGCGGAGGUACGCUCAUAUCGCUCCGCUGGGUAGUGACAGCCGCACACUGCGUUCGAAAGCGCCUUUACGUACGUCUCGGCGAACAUGAUUUGCUUCUUCGGAAUCGCGGUGAACUCGAAAUGAGGGUCACCGAGGCCGUCAUCCAUCCGCUGUAUGACCCUGACACGGUUGUCAACGACGUCGCGAUGCUACGGUUGCCCGGGCCCGCCCGUUUGGAUAUGGGGCACGGCAUCGCGUGUCUGCCUGGCGAGGAGCAGACCCUGGCGCCGCAUACCAGCUGCGUUAUCCUUGGCUGGGGCAAGAAGCGGUCUACCGACGUCCACGGCACGAGGAUACUGCACGAGGCACAGGUGUCGACAAUCCAGCAAGGCGUGUGUCGGCGCUCGUACUGGCAGUACGCGAUCACGGAUAACAUGGUGUGCGCGGGGCGCGGGCGUCGUGACUCUUGCGCUGGAGACUCGGGGGGCCCGCUGCUGUGUCGGGGACAAGACGCGCGCUAUUAUUUACAGGGGAUCACGAGCUUCGGCGACGGCUGCGGCAAACGAGGCAAGUACGGGAUCUACACCCGCACGGCCGGGUACGUCGCGUGGAUUAACAACGUUAUGGACAAUAAAUAUUUCGAUGAUUGACCACACGUGUGUUUUCACGUUACUUAUUGAGCGAACAUUGUGUAAGCCGAGAUCUAUGAAAACAGUAGAACCAGCUUAAUACUAAUAAAUGGGCAAAUAAGAAGUAAUAAGUAUUUUGCUUUUAAAUUCUUAUAAAAAUAAAUGAUCUUAAACCUUUUUAAUUAUAUUAAGUUCAAAGAUGACUAAGUAUUGUUUUAAAAAUAUAUUAUUCAGGGUCGGCAAAUACAUGCGGAACAUAAUGUCUGACAUAUGUCCACCUCUAACAGCAGGGAAAUGUAAGCCCUUAUCAUCCCAAUUUAUAUGCUGAAAAUUGGGAUGAUAAUUGAUGUUAUAAUAUGAAUGAUGAUUUCGCACAUUUUCGGCGUUAUCUUAGUAAAUUUAUGUCGAAUAAUCGGUUUUAACUGUUUAAAUGUCAUCAUCAGCUUGUUAUCAUAGACACGUAAUUUUAUAUAGCCUCACAGAAAUAAAUCAGGAGCUGCAAAAUUAGGGGACUUUGUGUGCCAAUCAAUGUCACUUUUUCUCGAAAUUAAUCGAGCAAACAACGUGUUUUAAACAGCACAAAAAUGUGAUAAAAUUAAAUUUUUGCUGCUAGAGGUAGACUUUUUGCAGAAAUUAUCUUGCGUAUACAAAUUGCCAACCCUGAAUAAUUUAUGAAAAUAUAUUUAAUAAUUUUUGCACUUUAUAUAAUUCAAAUUUUAAAACAAAGUGUAUCUCUCUUAUUUGCCCAGCCUGUACAAUCACGUUUAAUAUGAUUUCCCGUGUAAUAUAACUUAAUCGUAGUGUAUAAUUAUCUAGCGCCUAUAGCCUACAGUGGCAGCUAAACAUCAAUCAGGCCGCUUGUUUGCUACGGUCGUGGUAUAAAAAAUAUACACCGUGGGCUCUAAUAGCUGGACAUAUUUUAAAUAUGUAUUCUUGACCGCACUUAGAGACUAAAGUUUUCUGAAACCGGUCUCGUUUUAGAGAUAACGACAAUUUUUGUGAAAAUUUGUUUCUGUAAUAACUCAGUGAAAGACGCUUUUUGGCGGCGAUGCUGCCACUAUGACUAUGUGUUUUGGUUUAGACAUACCUACUGAUAGACU